GGUGUAUUGCAAACAUUUACUCUAGGUUAAAAAGUCAAGAUGAGGGUUUGCUUGGGGUUGGUGCUGCUGAGUGUGGCAGUUUUUGGAACUCCUGUCCACGAAACUGUCCAUUAUAAAACCGUGGACAAUGUUUUUCUCGAAAAACAGCACAAGGUUUUGACCUUAUUCAAACAUGUAGUACAACCUGGUCUUGUAGAAGAACAUGUGGAAAUUUGCAAAGGAGUUACUGAUCUAGUGCAAUGGCUACAAACUCACAAACCCUUAUUUACUAAACCUGAAGUCGUUGACACACUGGUCAAAUUCAGCCAUUACGAUUACUUAUUACCAAAAGGACACAUCUUCUCCAUUGGAGAGGAAGAACACUUAGAGCAAGCAAUCGCUGUCUUCAAAGUUCUGUAUUAUGCGAAAGAUUUUGAAACUUUCUACCAAACAGCCGUCAUUUUACACCACUUUACCAAUGAAGGUACGUUCUUGUAUUCAGUUUCUGUCGCUGUAGUACACAGACCCGAUACUUAUGGAAUAAUCUUACCACCAAUUUAUGAAGUCUACCCAUGGCACUUCUACAGCACCGAUGCUAUUCAAGAAGUCUACAAACACGCUAUGGUUCAUGGAACAGAAAACAGUAACGUGGUAACUGAUACUCACGCCCACAAUGCUAUUCACGCUAACUAUUCAGGUCAUCACUUGAACUUGCAUCACGAACAAUCCAUGUCGUAUUAUUUGGAGGAUGUUGGUAUCAACGCUUUCCAUUACUAUUGCCACAUCCACUAUCCCUACUGGAUGGAUGGCGAAGAAUUUAAAAUUAACCACGACAAACGAGGUGAACUCACAAUGAACAUCAUUCAAGCCCUCGUUGCCAGAUACCACAUGGAACGACUCUCCAACGGAAAAGGCCACAUUCCUAUCCUUGAUUUCCACGUUCCGGUCGACGUACCUUACUAUCCUUUCCUCCAGUACGUCACUGGAGAACCUUUCCCUGAAAGACCCAACCACGUUGACUUGCACGAUUCUAAAGUAAACCACUUGGAAGAUAUUGGUACUAAGUACGAGCACAGCUUCACCAAAGUCCACCAGUGUGAAGAUCGCAUUAGUGAAGUUGUUGACAGCGGAUAUGUAAUCACAGAUACAGGAAAGAAAUUUAAUAUCUAUGAAGAUAAACACCCUGAAAACGUUUUUGGCAAUCUAAUUCACGCCAAUGCUGACUCCCCUCACCACAAAUACUACUGUAGCUACCUAGCAUACGCCAAACACAUUUUGGGAUACUCCCACACCUCGGACACCUGGGAGCAUGUUGUUCCUUCUGUCCUGGACCACCCCGAAACAACUUUAAGAGAUCCAGCCAUUUAUAUGGUAUACAAAAAAUUACUGUCGUACCACCACGAAUUCCAACAUAACUUGAAACCAUACACUAAGGACGAAUUAGUAUUCCCAGGUGUCACCAUUGAAAAAGUUGAGAUGGAUAGAUUGAUCACGUACUUUGAGAACUUCUUCAGUGAUGUCACUAACGCUGUGUGGACCUCCGAGGUUCAAGUAAAGAAAAACCCAUCAGCCCAGGUAUGGAUUAUUCAACAACGUCUCAAUCACAAACCGUUCACCUAUAAAAUUCACGUGAACUCCAACCAAGACACCCAAGCUGUUGUUAAAGUUUUCCUUGGACCAAAACACGACGAAUAUGGCAAACCCAUCAAUAUUAGCGUAAACAGAGUUAACUUUGUUCCAAUUGAUUCGUUCAAAUGGCAUUUGCAAGUAGGACAAAAUGUGAUCAAGCGUAGCUCUCAUGAGACCAUGUUCUUUGCUGCUGAUAAAACGUCAUAUCCAGUUCUGACCAAGAAGGUUACCGAGGCCUAUAAAGGUGCUGGAAAAUUCCAUGUUACAGGAAAAGACAAUUAUUUCUAUUUCCCUGAUAGAUACAUGCUACCCAAAGGUACAGUUGGUGGCGUACCCUACCAAUUCUACUUCGUUGUCAUUCCCUACAAACCCUACCAAGGCCAAACUGAAGAAACCACUUUCUUCUAUCCUCAUCCUGGUACCGGUGGAGGAUACGUCGACGACACCUCAACCUAUUUCCCAUUAGACCGACCAAUUAAAUUUGAGGAAAUGUUUGUCCACGAAGUACCAAACUCGUACUUCUACGAUACCAAGGUGUACCACAGGACCAUCGAAGAAGCUCAAGUACCCCAAACGCAGCAACCUUAUUAGAUUGGGGUGGAUUAGUUAUUUUAAUUUUGUUUUUUUAACGUAGAUUAUUUAAUAGUUUUGUUAAUUUAAUUUAAAUACCGGUGAAUAAAACGUAAGUUUUGGAA